AUGACUAUAUCAAAGUUCCCCUUGCUGUUAGCACUUGCCCUUGUGGACGUCUCGAAUGCUACUCUUACAGCCCAACAAGUAGUAGCAAAAGCGAGAAGCGAUUUGGUGCCAAGGUUGUCAACAGGAGCCUUCAUUACGUUUGACGAACCCCCGCGCUGGAGCACUUUCCGCGCGCCUGAACCCGCUGUCACCGUUAACGUAAAUAGUGAGUCGGACGUCGCGGCUACCGUGAAGUUUUGCAAUGCCUUCGACAUUCCAUUCCUCGCCCAGAACGGUGGGAAUGGGUGGGCGACAACGUUUACUUUGAAGAACAAUGGUGUCUUGAUCAAUCUCGCUCGCCUCAACCAGGUGACGGUUAGCCCAGACAAGACGCAGGCCACUAUUGGAGGCGGAGCUCUCGUUAAUGGCAUAAUAACAGCAGCGAAAGCUGCAGGCGUUCUAGUCGAAACGGGGAACUGCAACUGUGUUGGAGCACUUGGCGCCUACCUCGGCGGUGGUUACGGAAACCUGAUGGGCCUGUACGGAUUCGGUGUCGAUAAUAUCAUUUCUAUGCGCGUAGUUACCGCCGACGGAAAGAUACGGACUGUUUCGGCUUCCACCUCCUCAGAUCCCGAUCUCUUCUGGGCGAUGCGAGGUGCAGGUCCUAACUUCGGCAUCGUGACUUCGGCUGUUGUCAAAUCGUGGCCGGCGAUGUCGACUGAAAGGUCGGCAUGGACGGGUGCUCUCAUCUUUUCGCCAGAGAAGUUGGAGCAAGUCAUCCAGGCUAUUCAAGCUCUGGAACUCAAACACGAUAUGAACGUCUUCCUAUAUUUCAUUUCCUCCGGACCGCCCUCCAAUGAGCCCGUGGUACUUACGACCCCAUUUCUGUACAUGGGCAACGCGACCUCCGGAAAGGCUGCCUUUGCGAGCCUGUACGCAAUUGGACCUAUUCAAGAUACCACUGCCGUAUUACCUUAUACGGAGUGGAAUUCAGGAGGGGACGCAUUUCGCAGCCGAGGUCCUCGCAAGCCAUCCUUCGGCGUGGGAUUCCAGGCAAUGAUCCCGGAAGUCUGGCGCAAGAUCUGGAAUAUGUACACUGAAUUCCAGAAGAAGCUCGGCGCCGAGGCAAGCGUAGUCCUUCUCGAGGCGUAUCCUUCAACGAAGGCGCGACCUAAUUCGGUACCGGCUUCCUUCCCUCAUCGAGAGGUGAAGUUCAACGCCGUUGCGAUUCCAUGGUACAACGACUCUUCUUACGAUGCGGCGGCGCUAGCUUUCGGGAACGCAGCACGAGAGCUAUGGAGAGGAAACGAGGAUCUUUCGGUAGUGUAUGGUGAGAGUCUUCCUCGGCUGUGGAGCAUCAAACGGCGAGUAGAUCCACAGGACAAGUUCAACCAGUGGUUCAACAUCAAGCAAUGA